AUGCCAGGGCCGAAACGCCGUCGCCAUGACGCUCCCGCAUCGGAGGAGGAAGAGGAAGAGGGGGAAUCGCCUGUAGAGGAGGAGCCCACUUCGUCGCGCAAUUUUGUACCUUCCAAAUCUAUCUUGGUAUACCUUUUUCGCCGUCCUUCGUCUGAUUAUCAGUCAGGUUGCAAAGCGCCCCCGUUUCAACUAUGAGAGUGACGGCGGCGACGAUGAUCUGGAGCUCUCAAGCUCUCCCCGCGUCCCCGACUAUGACUUCAACCUUGAAGAACUUUCGACUCAGAGGGCUGAGAUGGAAAUCCGCGAGGAAAUGGCGAUAGAGAAGCCUAAUGUAUUCUCGCAGAAUAUGCUUAAAGUUUCGUCGGUGUUUGUUAAUUUGAAGGUUUAGGUCCCCGCUGAAAAUGGUAUCAUCCAGAGUGUUACAUGUCAGAACUUCAUGGUAUGUUUGCUUUCACUUUGCCAUGAUUGAGUUACUUACAUCUGGGAAGUGUCAUCGUUGGCUCGAAAUAAAAUUUGGUCCUUUUGUCAACUUUGUGAUCGGGCAUAACGGGAGCGGCAAGAGCGCAAUUCUUACUGCGAUAACUCUAUGUCUCGGGGGAAAGGCAGCUGCCACAAACCGUGGCACUUCCAUGAAGAGCUUGAUAAAAGAGGGAGAGGAGUAAGUCUAUGGCACUACCACAUCUAGUCACAUAAGCUAUGCUAAUAGGAUCAAGCACUUCCCGAAUUACUGUCAAAUUGAAGAACCAAGGCGAUGGGUUCAAAACGGAGCAAUACGGUAAUGCCAUCCUAAUUGAGAGAAACUUUACAAGAGAUGGUAGCAGCGGAUAUAAGCUUAAGAGCAGCGAUGGCAAAGUGAUAUCCUCGAAAAAAGAGGAGCUCGAGGAAAUAUGUGACUACUUUGGGCUUCAGGUCGACAAUCCGAUGACCAUUCUGACGCAGGAUUCCGCUCGGCAGUUCUUAUCCAGCUCAACUAAUGCCGAAAAGUACAAAUUUUUCGCAAAGGGGGUCAAUCUAGAGCAGCUCGAUCAGGAUUAUGCUCUUAUCAAGAAUGGAAUAGAUAGCACGGACGCCGUUUUGCACAACAAACUUGCCGAUAUAGAUGAUCUUAAAAAACUCAUGGUCAGGGCGAAUAAAAGAUUGGACCAACUCAAGAGCCAUGAAACGCUCCGUGAUAAGAUUGAAGUCCUUAUUAGGCAGAUGGCUUGGGCUCAGGUCAGGGAUGCUGAAGUGGAAUUGGAAGAGAAAGUCAAGAAGACCAAUCUCGCGGGGAAUAAGGUCACCAAGGCGGAGACCGAGCGUGAAACGGCUUCAAAAUCUUUUGACGAUGCGCACCAAGCAUAUGAGGAGGCUGUAGAUAGAGUUAAUAAGGCAAAGGCUAAGCUAGCUCCCGUCGUGGAAGCUAAAGAGACUGCAAAAGAGGCUGUUGACAAUAACAAGAAGGAACUGCAGGGUCUACUGGUUUGUUUCUCUAGUUAUAUUCCGUGUUUAGCUUGCUUACAUUCUGGCAUUUGCAGGCGACGGAGAGAGAGAUCAAAGGAUCCUUCGAAGGAAGUCAGAGAAAAAUCACCGAAACUAAGAACGAAAUUCUCGCAGAAGAGAGAAGGCUUAGCGAGAACGAUGGUGGGAGGAACUCGAGAUUGGUCGAAGAGCAAGAGCAGCAUGAAAAAGAAGCUCAGCGUGCAAGGGACGCUCUCCAGGAGCUUGAAGUAAAAAAUACGGAGAAUAAGUUGGCUCUCGAAGCAGCUAAGAGAGAGAUGUCGAAGGCUCGAGCUGCUGUUGAAUCAUGCACCGAAGACCUUCGGGACGCUCAGGCUCAUCUGAGUCAAAUCCGAAAGUCUGAACAAAAUUUCAUGAAUGCAUUUGAUAGAAAAAUGCCGCAACUCCUUUCCGCAAUCAACAAGGAGCAACGUUUUAAAAAGAAGCCAGUUGGGCCCGUUGGAGUUCACGUAACUCUUCGAGAUCCGAAAUGGCUUCAUAUCGUUGAAAACAUCCUUGGUUCGGGUCUAAAUGCAUUUUUAGUCGCUGAUUAUGAGGAUGUCACAAUACUAAAAAAGCUAAUGCGAGAGGUCGGGCUGUAUGUUUUACGAAUCCUAAGUAUCUUCUUACGCUAAUUGGGCUUAAUAGGGAAUGCCCAAUCAAUGUCAUUUCCCAAGGACGAAUGGACCUCGAGGAGCCCUCCCCCAAUUUUAAAACCGUUUUAAGGAUUUUGGAGGUAUUUCUUUCUGCGUAUGCUCAAGUUCCAAAUACUUAUAAAUUCUAGAUUACCGAUGAUAGUGUGCGACGUGGUCUUAUUGUCGGAAAUACAAUUGAACAGGUAAUCCUAAUAGAGGAUCUUCAGGAAGCAACCGAUGCCAUGGAGCGGAAGAGACAUGGUGACAAUAUCGGCAUGUGUUUUUCAAUCAAUAAGCAAUCACCCGACUGGGGGCACAAGGUUGGCGGAGCGUAUGUUACAUUUUAGAUUUUUUUCUGGAUUGAGUGGUGAGCCUGACCUAUCUUUCUAGCGGCGGCGGCAUGGGAGUUACUCCUGUUCCGCCAAUCAAGCAUGCCUCCCGAAUGAGGUCCGACCUCGUGGCCCAGACUCAGUAUGUAAUUCGCCUUCUUUGGGUAACUCCCAGAUGCACUGACAUCCAUGCUAUAGGCAGGUUGAGGACCAGAUAAAUCGGCUCAGGACAUCCUUAGACAAUGCCAAGAAUGCAUUGUACAAUAAGCAAGAGGAGCUUAGAAUGAUUGAGCGAGAUAUCCAAGAGUAUCGUGUAAGUUGCUAUGCAUAAAUUUUUGAGGGAGAUCCUAACUGUGUUUCAGAGCAAUAGAAGCAAGCUUAACUACGAAGUUCACAAGUGUGAGGAUGCAGUCGACAAGGUUAAGGCAUUAUUGGAAGAGAAUGCUCAGAACGAUGGGAAGCUCGAGACCCUCAAAGCCAAGCUCAAGGUCUGGGAGGAGCGCAUGGAGAUGAAUGGUCGACAGUACGAGGAGUUUGUAGUCGGUAAGGAAAAUUUGAGCGCGACGGCCUCUCGUCUGGUAGCUCAGUUGAGGGCGGCGAGCCAGGCUGCAAGCCUAGCUACCAAGCAUGUCGAGGACGCGCAGCUUGAUGAAGCUACCGCCCGGCGCAGGCGCGAACAGUGUCUUGCCAACAAGAAUCACUGGUACGAGAAGCAUCGCCAAUAUGAAGAAGAAGCUGCGGCAUUGAGAGCGGUGGCUGGGGAAGCGAAAUCUCGAGUUGAUGUAUGGUUUUCCUCUCCCAAUCCCUAAGCACCAUACUAACAAAGUUAUAACUACUAGAGGUACAUUCAAGCGGCUUCAACAGUUUGCCCACGUGUCGCAGUUCCCCGCGGGGACUCAACCGAAGCUUUGGACAACAGGCUCACGAAACUGAAGAGGGAGCUUGAGCGCGCAGAGCAAACGCUUGGAGGCACCGCUGAAGAAGUCACUGCACAAGCCCAGCAGGCAACAUUGAGUUACACACAAGCUAGGGACCAACGCGCCUCCUUUCAAGAACUCCUCAGGAUAGCGAUCAGCGUCUACAAGGAGCGUCUCCGCCGCUGGGGCCUUUUCCAGUGCUACAUUAGUGCCCGCGCAAGAGCGCAAUUUUCAUGGAUGAUGAGUGAGCGGGCAUUCAAGGGUCGCUUGCGUCUAGAGCACACUUGGAAACCCGCGGAAUUAAUCAUUGAAGUGCAGCCCGGCCAGCAGGACACUGGAAAUCGCGGACCGAAGACGCUAUCUGGCGGUGAAAAAUCUUUCUCGACUAUAUGUCUGCUGCUCUCGUUGUGGGAGGCAAUGGGGUCCCCGAUUAGGUGUCUGGAUGAGUUGUAUGAUCUCUACUCCUUCUUUCCUCCAGUUCUCUUACCUCCAGCUCUAAUGCGAGUGAUGCAGCGACGUUUUCAUGGACGCCAUAAACCGCAAUAUUAGCGUAAACAUGAUGAUUCGAGCUGCCGAAAGAUCUAUCGGGAAACAAUUCAUCCUUAUUACCCCCCAAACAAUGAAUAACCAAAAUACUACUAAUCAAGUCAAAAUAAUCAAGUAUGCCUUCGUGUCAUCCUUUGUCCUUUCUGGUGCUAAUCUGGUGAAAUCAAUAGAAUGCGCGAUCCAGAACGCAACAAUGCGGGUCAAACCCGUAUUGACGGUCAAUAGGACCCCUUCCUAGCAAUACAUAACCCUUUUCUCUGUAUACUAUCGUGAUCAUUUGUUGUAUGAUGCCUUUCUUUUUCCUAAAUCAGCAGUUGGUUAAUGCCCCCCACCCACCCAUUCUGGAGAUAGAGAAGUUGUGCCGUUGGUGGUUUGUCUUGGCAGGUGCGCAGCGGAUAUGAUGAGUUCAUUUUAGGGUUUCUAGAUGGAGGCGGCUAAAAAAUUUCGAAGAUUUGCAUACUUUGUUGCUACAUAAAGGUGGUGGCUCUAGGUAGUUUGACGUGGUGAACCCGGUUUGCUGGCGCAGCUAUUCAUAUAGGAAGGCAUUAUACUAGAGGUGCAAUAAAGGGGGAUGUACCGAAUCAUAGGAUAUCACUCGGUGUAAAUCAUCGUUUUCGGUGCGGAGCCCGGGACAGGGGUGGCCUGAUGUGUUUGACCGAACGGAUCUAGUGACUGCAGGAGGGGUAAUUUAGGGGGUAGAGAAGGUUUUGUCCUCGGGAUACGUACCGGUACUGAAAGAAAAAAGGGCCCAAAUCCGGUCGCUCCAUACAUAAUACUUAGUUGAGAAACCGCACAUAC